AUGGCUUCAAUCAGAGCUUUCAGCGGCCGAGGCGCCCGCCCGCUAGCACAAUUCACCACAUCAUCAGCUCGCUUCUCUUCAGCGGCUUCAACAUCCACCAAGCUCCAAACUCGCGCCCAGAGCAGUUUGCCAGCAGCCUACUACCGCGGCGGCACAUCCCGGGCCAUCUUCUUCCGCCAUGAGGACCUCCCGGCCGACCGCUCCGAGUGGGACCGCAUUUUUCUCGGCAGCAUCGGCAGCCCGGAUCCGUACGGUCGGCAACUCGAUGGUCUCGGCGGCGGCAUCUCCAGUCUUUCCAAGGUCUGUGUCAUCAGAAAGAGCGACCGGUCCGAUGCAGAUGUCGACUACACAUUCGUUUCACUCGGCAUCAAGAAUACCAACGUCGAUUAUUCCAGCAACUGUGGCAACAUGAGCGCUGCAGUGGGUCCCUACGCGGUAGACUCCGGUCUGGUUGAGGUUCCCGACGGAGCGACUGAGGCAACCGUGCGGGUCUUCAACACCAAUACCGGCAAAGUCAUCGAAUCCAUCUUUCCUCUGGAUGGGAAGGAGGCCGCUGCUCAUGGUGACUUUUCUAUUGACGGCGUCGCGGGUACGGCGGCUAGGGUGCGGCUGAAGUUUCUUAACCCUGCUGGGUCUCGGACUGGGAAGCUAUUCCCGACGGAGGCUAAGGUGGACGAGAUUGAGGGCAUGAAGGUCACUUGCAUCGAUGCUGGCAAUCCUUGUGUCUUCGUCCAGGCUGUGGCUCUUGAUGUCGAGGGAACCAUCACUCCUCAGGGGAUUGAGGAUCACCCAACACUUUUGCAGACAUUGGACCAGAUUCGCCGAACCGCAGGCGUAAGAAUGGGUCUAGCCAAGACCAAUGACGAUGUACCUGGAAGUGUCCCGAAGAUCGCCAUCGUGUCGCCACCCAAGGACGGGAAGACCAACACCCUCGUUGCGCGGGCGAUGUCGGUCGACCAGCCUCACAAGGCCAUUCCUGUCACUGUUGCGCUGGCUGCGGCUGCAGCUGCCACUGCAGAGGGCACAGUCGUAUCUGAGUGUGUUAAGACAAAUGCUGGAGCCGGUGGUGAUGUGAGGAUAUUUCACGCGAGUGGGACUUUGGACGUAGCUGCGGAUUAUGGAAAGGACGGAUCUCUGGAGUCUGCGACCGUGUACCGAACUGCACGCAGGCUCAUGGAAGGGAGGGUGUUCUGGAAGUAG